AUGCUCAAGUACAUCAAAGCGACAUACCCUUCAAUUGAAGUAGUGGCAGGAAAUGUGGUUACUCGUGCUCAAGCCAAAUUGCUCAUCGAUGCUGGAGCUGAUGCUUUACGGGUUGGCAUGGGUAGCGGAUCGAUUUGUAUCACCCAAGACAUUAUGGCAGUAGGAAGAGCCCAGGGAUCUGCAGUAUAUGCUGUUUCGUCGUAUGCAAGGACUCGUGGUAUACCGGUGCUGGCAGACGGUGGAAUUCGUGACGUCGGCUACAUCACAAAGGCGGUAGCACUGGGCGCUAGUGCUGUGAUGAUGGGUGGUCUGUUGGCUGCCACUACUGAAGCUCCCGGUGAGUACUUCUGGGGUCCAGGCGGUGUCCGUGUGAAGAAAUACCGUGGAAUGGGCUCAUUGGACGCAAUGGAAGCGCACGCCUCCAGCCAGGACCGCUAUUUCACUUCGGAUUCGGAUCAAAUCAAGGUAGCGCAAGGUGUUUCGGCAACGAUGAAGGAUCGUGGUUCAUGUCAUAAGUUCCUACCGUACCUCGUACGUGGAGUUCAGCAUGGCUUCCAAGAUAUUGGAGUACGAUCAUUGGAAGAAUUACAGUAA